AUGUUCGGCCUGUACGUGGCCCUUACGGUGCUAGCCGUUUGUCUGUACUUCAAAUGGAGCUGCAGCUAUUGGACCCGGAUGGGCAAUGUGGCCGGUCCGAAGCCGCUGCCGAUCUUUGGUAAUCUGCUGGAACAGCUGACCGGUCAGAAGCAUUUCGGAGAGAUCUUUGAGGAGAUGUACCGAGCGUUUCCGCAAGCAAGCUGGGUCGGGUUCUACAAGAUAUCGAACCAACCGGGCAUUGUAGUGCGCGAUCUGGAGCUGGUGCGAGAGGUGCUGACCAGUAGCUUUUCCUCCUUCAAUCAGAACGAUUUUCAAAUCGACGAGAAGAUUGAUCCGCUGCUCGCAUACAAUCCGUUCGUGCAGGUCGGAGAACGCUGGAAGGAACGACGCGGCCAGAUGACUUCCGUGUUCACAAUGAACCGGAUCCGUGCCACGUUUCCGCUGGUGCAACAGGUGGCCCAAGACUUUGCGCAGUUUAUUGCACGGACGCGAAAAAUGGAUGGACAUUUCGAGGCGAAGGACAUCUGUGCCAAGUAUACGAUCAACGUUGUCGCUAGUAUUGCCUUUGGAAUCGACGCGGAAUCAUUCACCAACCCGAAUGCAGAGUUUGUUCGCAUGGGCAACGCACUGUUUGCUCCGACGUGGAUGACGGCGAUCCGAUCGCAGUUAGCUCUGUUUGCACCUGGACUGGCUAAGCUUCUGCGCGUACCCUUUAUUCCUGGAUAUGUUGACCGAUGGUUUAGGCAUAUGGUCAGAGAAACCGUUCGUCAACGUAAGGACGCCAAACGCCAUGACAUGUUUCAGGCCAUGUAUGACAAUUUGUCGGAAAACGGAACAGUAGAGGCGAACGAGAACCAUAUCGUUGGUCAUUCGGUAACGUUCCUUUCGGAAGGAUUCGAAACCUCCAGCACUAUGAUGAGUUAUUUGCUGUAUGAGCUUGCUGCCAACCCAUCCAUUCAGGACAAAGUAGUGAAAGAGCUGCGCACAGUCAUGGAUGAAUCUGAAGGACAGUUAACAGAAGCCGGGUUGCAUAAGCUGGUAUACAUGGAAGCGGCUAUGAUGGAAACGCUACGGAUGCAUUCACCGGUCUUUACUCUUCCGCGCAUUUGCACGAAGGAUUUCGAACUGCCGCCACAGUUUCCGAACGAUACAAAGCGUAUAACGUUGCGAAGCGGUACAUCAGUAAUUAUUCCGGUAUUCGCCAUUCAUUACGAUCCCGAAAUCUAUCCCGCACCGUACGAGUUCGAUCCCGACCGUUUCUCGGAAGAGAAUCGAACAUCUCGCCCAAGGCAUGCAUUCCUCGGGUUUGGCGAAGGUCCUCGUUUGUGUUUGGGAAUGAAAUUUGCCUUGCAUCAAAGCAAAAUUGGUAUAGCGACCCUGCUGAACAAGUAUCGCGUAAAGCUGUCGCCGAAGCAGGAACUGCCACUGGAAUUUGCCAGAAAUUGUUUUUUGUUGUCUCCAAAAUCAGGCAUUUGGCUAAACUUCGAGGACAGAGAGUAG